UAUUAGUUUGCAUUGCAGCUAGACGGAGUGUAGCUGUGAGCGAACCAAACAUCUCCGAGGAGAAAGUAGAUUUACCACCUGAUUGUUGUUUAGGCUACAUUUCUCUUUUAACUCUUUCUUUAAAAGAAAAGGGGGGAAAAACGUUUACAAUGUCUGAUGAGGAGGAAGACUAUAUGUCCGAUGCAUUUCUCAAUAAAAUUCCAGACGUGAAACCUGGUGUCAGCAUGGUGAGGAGGGUGAAAGAAGCCAUAAAAAAGGAGGAACAGCACAAAGAGAAGAACAUCAAGAACCGUCAGAAGACCUUCAAGGAGCAGGAGAGUGAAAACCGAGAAUCGGCUCUGCAGAGCUCCAUUGGAAAUGAAAACAAGGGUUUUGCACUACUUAAAAAAAUGGGUUACAAAGUUGGCCAAGGCCUUGGGAAAGAAGGAGCAGGGAGGGUUGAUCCAAUUCCACUUAAUAUAAAAACAGACAGAGGAGGUAUUGGAAUGGAAGAGAUGAAAAAAAGAAAAGCUGAAGCGGAACUUGAACAUUAUCGUAACAAAAUACGAGCCAAACAGCAGAAUGAGACUAAAUCUCUGGAAGACUUUAGGUCAAGAGUAAAAACUGAAAGAGAGGAGAAAAAGAUUGAAGGAGACCUGAGGAGGAGUCAGCGAUGUUGUGAGCAGCUUGACAGUCAGAAGGGCAUAACCAUUCCAAGAGAAGACUGGUACUGGCCGAAAGCCGACUCUGAUGACGAUGAUGAUCUUGAAAAGGAGGAAGAGGAGGAGGAGGAGGAGGAAGAAGAAAAAGAAGAAGAAAUUGUGGAACUUACGUCCUUUGAUAAACUGCAAAUUAUAACAUCAUAUCUGAGAGGAGUCCAUUUUUAUUGCAUAUGGUGCGGGACCGCCUAUAAUGAUGAAGAGGACUUGUUAUCUAACUGCCCAGGAGAUACAGCAGCAGACCACGAAUGACCAAAGAUCUCGAUAAGGAUAAAGUGAAGUGACAAAUAUUUGGUUUUUGAACCACCAUAUGUACAUCAGUAUAAGGAAAAUCAUUUUGCAUUGUAUAUCAAGCUCAAUAGUUUUGUUAUCAUUAACAUUCAAAUGUGUGUGUUUUUGUGUGUGUGUAUAUGUACAAGUGUGUUUUAAAAAAGACUUCCAAAACAUGUAAAUGGAUCAAGACCAGUUAUUGUAUAUACCCAUGUAUAUAUGAAAGUUUUAAAGAAAUCUUGCUUUUUACUAUAUAUCUAUCCAUCCAUCCAUCCAUUUUCUUUGCUGAUCCGAGGUCGUUUCGUGGGGGCAGUAGGCUUUGCAUGGAAGCCCAGACUUCCCUCUCUCUGACCACUUCGUCCAACUCAUCAGACAGAUCCAAAGACGUUCCCUGGCCGGCUGAGAAACAGUACCCUCAAGCGUGUCCUGGGACUUCUCCGGAGUGUCCUUCCUCCUUAUAUUUAAUCUUGUUUACAAAAAAAUACAAGUAUUUACUUCAGCUUUAGUUUGAGUAACUUUGAAAAAGCUGUUUAUACUCCCAUUUUUAUUUUAUAGUAACUGAAAUGACUUUCUCAUCCAUUUUGGCUCAAAAAUACAGUCUGUGUGAUCUGACACUGAUCUACCUUGGCGUUGAAGAUUAAUUUAUUCUGGGCUCUUUUUUUUGUUACCAUUUAUGUUGUCUGUGCUUUCAAU